AUGGUGAUGAAGGCCAUUUUCUUUGGUUCUUUAGCAACAUUAUAAGGAAAACUAAAAGCCCUUUGAAGAAUUUUGGUCCGAACCUAUCUCGGCUUACUGUGAAGUGAUUGAUCCUGCUGUUAGAAAAAAAACUACAAACAAUAAACAAAGGAGAACAUGCUCCCAAACUCACAAAUUCCCAUUGUUCUGGGCCCCACCAACACCAUCGCCGAGGUAGUCGUGCCGACGGCAAUCCCUAACGUGACGAAAAUAUGGCUUCCGGAGCGCAUCCCCGACAUUCACUUCCCCGAUCAGGUUAACGCCACGGUCGACUGGCUAACUAAGGGCAGUACCAGCUGGAGGUUGAGAAGCUACCCCGGCAACAUCUUCUUUUACGGACUCGACGACAUCGACUUUGAGGUUUUCAGAUGGUGGGCCGACAUAGAUCUGGAGUACUCGGGCGAGGGGGCAACGAAGCUUGAAAUAGCGCUCACAAGUGGUGGUUCCGGGGCCUACGCGACGGUUAAUGAGACAAUGACCUGGACAGGGACCACGUUGGGCUACUUCUUUAGCGGCGACUGCACAUCCACCUCGGAAGCAACUUUUGCAAAAUGCACGGGAAGUUAUGGCGUCACGGGCGGUAUCUACGCUUCUGUCCACCCCGGCGGCAGUACCGUGACCAUCAGUCCAAUCUCCUACGUCACGCAGUUCCCCACCGCGCCUAGGGUCACCACCGCGGCGGUCACCGUCACAAAUACUCUGGGCACGUCGCCAAGAAGAAACACCGGCGCUUUGUCUACGACGUCGCCGUCAUCGGGACGUGGUGCCCCGCGGCCAACGCAGCCUGUCGCCGUUGUUCUCGGCGCCGCGGUGGUGCUUGGGGGCGCGGCUGCGAUGGUGGUUUGAGUGUGGCGGUGGGUGUGCUUUUGUCAGCCGCUUUUUAGCAUGGGCUUGUGUCUGCGGAGAAGGUAGUGUCGCUUUGCAGGACGUAGGCUAUGUGUAGUUUUUACUUGUUGUAAAACUGCAGCUUUGGUGAGAGACGAUGGCAUUAUACCCCGGUUGGAAGUGGAAAUAAAGAGUUUCUUACAGUAUCAGUUUCUAAGUCUAAACACGUACAUGUACAUUAAAAACGUACAUAGAUACGUAAUAAGUAUACGGCAAGAAAACACUGUAUAAAACUAAGUAUAUAAAUCGACAGAUGAAGAAAUGAGCAGGUAAAGUGGAAAGUGAAGAGGUGAGGGGAGAAGAAAGGAG